AUGCCCGCUCCCACCAACACCCUCCUCAUUGAGGGUACCUUCACUGAACUCGCCGAUGAGUUCGCCCAGUACAUUGAUGCUCUCCGCAAAAAUGAGGGUUCCAGCCUGCAGUCCGAAAUCUCCUCUCUCCUUGAGCCCCUUCGCCAGCAAGAACAGUCUGAGGAGGAACCCGACCGAAAGCAACGCGAUGAAGUUCUCAAGAAGCUGGUGGCCGCUGCCGCCGUGUUGAAUGCGGCUCCCGAGAAGGAGAUCAUUUCCGCCUACAACCUUCUUGUGCAUCUGGUGCACCAGGCCUCUAACCCUGAUAUGUUCCUCUCCCGCAUCUGCACCUAUCUCGCCAAACCCAUCACCACCUCGCCUCAGUUCGGCCCCACGCUGGCCAUCUCCAUCCUGACCACCAUCUUCAACACCCUCACUUCCUCCGAUUCCAGCCGCUACCACGUUCUCCUGGCCAUCGUCGCCGUCAUUCGCCAGUCCGGCUCGUCCUACGCCUUCGAGGCCCUGAAGCCCCAGUUGACCGCUCAGCUGCCCACCUGGUUGGCCGCUUGGGAGUUGGAUGAGGAGGAGGCCCAGAAGCUGCACCUGGCCGUCGCGGAUGCCGCUCAGGCCUCCGGUGACUUCGAGCUGGCCCAGAGCCACGUUGUGCAGGCUCUGCAGACGAUCCCCGCCAACGAGUCCUCGAGCAAGGAGGCGCGCGAUCUGGCCGUCCGGGCCCUGGCUUCCGCCCUCAAGAGCCCCGCCGUAUUCGACUUCACAUCGUUGACCGCCGCCGAUGCCAUCCAGGCCCUUCGCACCAGCGACAGCUCCCUGUUCGAGUUGCUCGAGAUCUUCACUGCCGACACCCUGGACGCCUACGAAGACUUCGUCGCGGCCACUCCUCUCGCCUCCAUCUCCGGCGGCGUUCUGGCCGAUGCCGGCGAGGCUCUGCAGAACAAGCUGCGCCUGUUGACCCUGGCUUCGAUCGCCGCCUCGGCCCCCUCUCGCUCCCUGCCCUACGCCACCAUCGCUUCGGCUCUGCGCGUGCCCACGGAGGAUGUUGAGAAGUGGGUCAUCGACACCAUCCGUGCCGGUCUGGUCGAGGGUAAGCUGUCGCAGCUGCGCUCCGAGUUCCUGGUGCACCGGGCCACAUACCGCGUCUUCGGCGAGAAGCAGUGGGCGGAGGUGCAGGGCCGCCUGAUGGUCUGGCGCCGCAGCCUGGAGAACGUGCUGGGCGUUGUCCGCGCCGAGCGCGAGCGCUUCAUCCGCGAGAGCCUGCAGGCGGCUACCGAGGAGGCCAACCAGGGCAAGUCGGGCGAGAAGGGCGGCAAGGGCGGAGACCGGAGACGUAACCCUCAGCACCAGCAGCAGCAGCAGCAAUCCCAGCCCUCACAACCACAGCAACCCCGGGAAACUGAGUUGGUCGCAGGUGCAGAAUAA